CGCCCGGACUUCCGGAAGCCGACGCCGGGCGGGCAGGAAGCCGCCGAGACCCGGCCAAAAGGCCGGGGGUAAAUUUAGCCAGAAAAGAGGGGGCGGGCAGGGCUGCAGGGCUAACCUGUCACUUCGCCACCAUGAACGUGGUUUUUGCCGUGAAGCAGUACGUUUCCAAAAUGAUAGAGGACAGCGGGCCGGGCAUGAAAGUACUUCUCAUGGAUAAAGAGACGACUGGCAUAGUGAGUAUGGUAUACACACAAUCGGAGAUUCUUCAGAAGGAAGUGUACCUUUUUGAACGCAUUGAUUCUCAAAAUCGAGAGAUCAUGAAGCACCUGAAAGCAAUUUGUUUUCUUCGCCCUACGAAGGAGAAUGUGGAUUAUCUGAUUCAAGAGCUCCGAAGACCAAAAUACAGUAUAUAUUUUAUUUAUUUCAGUAAUGUGAUCAGCAAGAGUGAUGUGAAGUCAUUGGCUGAAGCUGAUGAACAGGAAGUUGUGGCUGAAGUUCAGGAAUUCUAUGGUGAUUACAUUGCCGUGAAUCCACAUUUGUUUUCCCUCAAUAUUUUGGGUUGCUGCCAGGGUCGGAACUGGGAUCCAGCCCAGCUAUCCAGAACCACGCAAGGACUGACGGCUCUCCUUUUAUCUCUGAAGAAAUGUCCCAUGAUUCGGUAUCAGCUUGCAUCAGAGGCAGCAAAGAGACUUGCAGAAUGUGUUAAGCAAGUAAUAACUAAGGAGUAUGAACUGUUUGAAUUCCGGCGGACUGAGGUUCCCCCGUUGCUGCUUAUUUUAGAUCGUUGCGAUGAUGCCAUCACCCCAUUGCUAAACCAGUGGACCUACCAGGCCAUGGUCCAUGAGCUACUGGGCAUAAACAACAAUCGGAUCGACCUUUCCAGAGUGCCGGGGAUCAGUAAAGAUUUGCGAGAAGUGGUCCUGUCUGCCGAAAACGAUGAAUUCUAUGCUAAUAAUAUGUACCUGAACUUUGCUGAGAUUGGUAGCAAUAUAAAGAAUCUCAUGGAAGAUUUUCAGAAGAAGAAACCAAAAGAACAGCAAAAACUAGAAUCAAUAGCAGACAUGAAGGCCUUUGUCGAGAACUACCCACAGUUUAAGAAGAUGUCUGGGACUGUAUCAAAGCACGUGACAGUGGUCGGAGAGCUGUCACGGUUGGUCAGUGAGCGGAAUCUGCUGGAAGUGUCAGAAGUUGAGCAAGAACUGGCCUGUCAAAAUGACCAUUCUAGUGCUCUCCAGAAUGUAAAGAGGCUCCUGCAGAACCCCAAAGUGACGGAGUUUGACGCUGCCCGCCUGGUGAUGCUCUAUGCUCUGCAUUAUGAGCGACACAGCAGCAACAGCCUGCCAGGCCUGGUGAUGGACCUCAGGAACAAAGGUGUGUCCGAGAAGUACCGAAAGCUUGUGUCUGCGGUUGUUGAAUAUGGCGGUAAGCGGGUCAGAGGAAGCGACCUCUUCAGCCCCAAGGACGCCGUGGCUAUUACCAAACAGUUCCUCAAAGGACUGAAGGGAGUAGAAAAUGUGUAUACUCAACAUCAGCCUUUCCUACAUGAGACCCUGGACCAGCUCAUCAAAGGAAAGCUUAAGGAAAACGUGUACCCUUAUCUGGGCCCCAGCACACUCAGAGACAGACCUCAGGACAUCGUUGUGUUUAUAAUUGGAGGAGCCACCUAUGAAGAGGCCCUAACAGUUUAUAACCUGAACCGUACUACUCCUGGAGUGAGGAUCGUCCUGGGAGGGACCACAGUGCAUAACACUAAAAGUUUCCUAGAGGAAGUUCUGGCGUCCGGACUGCACAGCCGAAGCAAGGAGAGCUCUCAAGUUACAGCGAGGUCUGCGAGCAGAAGGUGAACGGUGAACUGAGGGACCGGUGAACUGAGGGACCGAGGGACCAGGGACCGGUGCAGGGGACCCCAGGAGGCUGGCGCGCCUUCCCUUGGAGCCUCGCUGCAGGCUUUCCCCCUCCCCACUGGCAGAGGUGCUGGAGGAGAGCCUUGGGUUUCUGGGGUUUGUGCUGGUCCUUGUAACCCACCUCCAGGUAGCCUGCUAAGUCCCCAGCCUUAGGCACAGAACCCCAGACUCCCGGGGACAAUUUGAGAAGUCUGUGCCCGUCCCACCCCACUUUUCCCACCGUGUCCUUAUCGAAUAAACAGAUGUGUUCCUCGUCUUCGACAGCACAAUCACACCGGUUUCUGAUGGGUUUCGUGGGGACCUUACUUGAGAAAAGGGUCAUCAGAGCUCAGAGGGGCUUCAAAAGGAAAUCAUUUGACACACACACUGCACAUCCUCUCUUCUCUUGACCCCUCUCACUUUUCACUGACCGCAUUCCCGCAUACCCGUUUUUGAAAACUCAUCAUGUUUCUGUAGAGAACCGUCCACAAAUUGUUCCUACGUUGCGGUUUUCUGUGGCACUGGGGAAACCGUGUAUGACUACAAUAAAAAUCCAGUUUGUGAGACGA